GCUGGGGCGGCGGGGCCUUGUUUACAACCAUGACGAGAGUGCGCGGCGAGUAGCUACAGAUUUCCUUAAAUUACCCCGAAGCUUCAAUUAUAAAACACAGGUGCCUUCUACAUAUUAAAAAAAAAAGAAUCCAGGAAAGCUUCAUGGAUUCAGGUGCUGCUUGCCUCCAUCAAUGCUGAGGAGGAGGAGAGGAACAAGGAGAAACAAGUUAAUGACCUGACAGUUCUUCCGUUUCAUAGACUUACCAGGUCUUGCAAGCCAGAGUGGAGGAACGUUACUUCUCUUUUAGGAUGAUGUUGGACACAAGCAGUGUAGUAAGUGAGGGUCAGAACAAGUCUGUAGUGAAAUGUCCUCACUGUGACUCUCAAAUCCUGUCACCUCAGUCUGCCACCCUCUUGAGUCAGGCCCACCCUCUACCUGCCCCCACCCAGCCGAAGGAGCAGCAGUCUCUCAUCACUGAGGAUCUGGGCGAGUGGUGGGUGGUGGAUGACAUGUUCACCUUUGACAACAUUGGCUUCUCACACACUGUUGGCACCACAAAGUACUUAGUGUGUGCUGACUGUGAGCGAGGACCUCUUGGCUGGCACGAUAACACCUCCAAGAAGAGCUAUGUGGCACUGGCCCGAGUCAAACAUGUUUAGUAUUUUAAUUGUCGUCUCGAAACACCACCAUCACUACCAUCACUGUCGCUGUUGCCACCACCAAUAACACGACUGUCACUAGUUUUCACUUGGUUGUGUCAAUGUUAAGUAGUUGUGGUUUGUAUUCCUCAACGUUCCCUCAUACAAAGAUGCUCAGCCAAAAAAUGCAUGCAGAAGUUCCUUUUGUUGAGCCUUGACACAUUUUUCUUUCAAUGAAAAUAUGGUAAGUUGAAAGAGCACUGCACGAUUACUAAUAAUAGAAAAUGGCAAUAAAUCUACUUAGAUGAUUUUUUUACGUGUUUAACUGUUUGUUGUCAACUGAUGUCAAAAUAAGUCAUCUAGAAAGAAAGACAUUUGCAUGACAAUUCUGCUGACAAGGGUGAAAUAAUUUAGCUGCUGGGACAUAAAUAAGAGGAAAUCUAGUUAAUGUAAGAAGCCAUUAACAUACUAUGCUUAUCUGGCACCAUUUGGGAAGGUUAGAAGGUGUAUUUUCUUGGGAUAUGCUUUGAUUCUCUCCUGCUAAUGAAUAACGAAUGGUCUUGUGAUUAUGUGCGUGCAGCUUUCCAGUAAGGGAUAAAGCAGACAUGCCUACAAACAUGUAGGCACUCCUGCACUGAGGGUUUGGUUGGAGGUGCAUAUAUAAACAUUCCCUCCAUCGUACUCAUGCAUACCCACUCACUCACCCAUGUAAGAGCAUUUUGCAAUAAAAAAAAUUAUCAUA